UCCUAGGUUAUUUCGCAUUACACAUUUACCACAUUCAUCAUUUCUCACGAAAAAUUCCUCGUCUCAGUGGGCUACAAGAACCCAGAAAAUAACGACCCAAAACCAGGCAAAUGGGUGCGGACAGCAUCGUGAUAUUUUAAAUUAAAAAAAUCACAACAAUUCAAGAAAUUGAGUCAAGGUCGCCAGUUAGCAGCAUAAAAUCAAGAACCGCAUUUUGCCCUGUCAUUUCUUGGAGGUUUGUCAAAUUUUGGCACUGUGGGAAGGUGGUGUGAAUACGGAAAAUGUCCUUAAAGCCUAGGCGGGUGGAUUUUAACGCCACUUGGGGCGCCAUAAGGGAGACGAUAAAGGGAGUAAUAACUUUGGAUCAAGUCGCCAGGACCGUCUGGAACGACAGAUUUUCAGACGUCUAUUCGCUAUGCGUCGCCCACCCGGAACCCAUGGCGGACCGCCUUUACGCCGAAACCAAGCAGUAUCUCAUCGAUCACGUGGCCAAACUGCUUAACAAGGUCCAGGAGGACGGUGAGCACAACUUGGUGAAGAAUUACUUCCUGUAUUGGUCUCAGUACUCCGUCGGCAGCCAAUACCUGCACAGCCUUUACCUGUACCUGAACCAGCAGCACAUCAGGAUACAGAAAUUGUCCGACGCAGAAAUUAUCUACGGGAGCUCGGAUGCGUCCACCGGAGAGCAGAUGGAGAUCGGUGAGCUGGCGCUGGAGGUUUGGCAGUCGGGAAUGAUCGCCCCGCUCGGCCAGAGGCUGGUCAAGCUGCUCCUAGAGGCUAUCGACCAGGAUAGGGCGCAGCAGCCGCUCAGCGUCCCCAUCGAGGCUGUACGGGGCACCAUCCUCAGUUUCGUCGAGGUCCAGGGUUAUAGGAAAAAGGGCCAGCUGCAGCUCUACCAGGAGCUGUUCGAGGAACCCUUCCUCAACGCCAGCGGGGAAAAUUUCAAGCGGGACGCGGCUCGGCUCUUGCAGGAGAAAGACGUCAGUUUGUACAUGGAGCGGGUGAAGGCGAAAAUCGAGGAGGAACUGUUCAGGGCACGCAGAUUUCUACACUCCAGCUCGUUACCGAAGGUGUCUCACAGGUGCGAGACGCACAUGGUGGCGGAACACCUGCAGUUCCUCUACAGCGAUUGCAUGAACAUGGUGCAGGGCGAGAGGAAAAAGGACCUCUCCAACAUGUACGACCUGCUGAAGAGCGUCCAGAAUGCCAUGGUCGUGCUCGUCGAUACCGUGCUCGACCACAUCAAGACGCAGGGCCUCACGGCCAUCGGCAACCUUCAGGGCGAGAACAUCCACAUCAACUUCGUGGAGAACCUGCUGACGGUCUACAAGAAGUACAAGCAGCUCAUCCAGGAGGUGUUCAAGUCUGACCAGAACUUCAUGGGGGCGCUGGACAAGGCGUGCAGCUCUGUCAUCAACCACAGGCCCAACCAGGGCAGGUCGCCGUGCCGGAGCCCCGAGCUGCUCGCCAAGUACUGCGACACGCUGCUGAAGAAGUCCAGCAAGGGGAUCAGCGAAUCCGAGGUGGACGAGAAGCUGGCGGAGAGCAUCACGGUCUUCAAGUACAUCGACGACAAGGACGUUUUCCAGAAGUUCUACUCGCGCAUGCUGGCGAAACGCCUCAUCCACCAGCAGACGCAGAGCAUGGACGCCGAAGAGGCGAUGAUCAACAGACUGAAACAGGCGUGCGGCUACGAGUUCACGAGCAAACUGCACAGGAUGUUCACCGACAUGUCGGUCAGCUCGGGCCUGAACAACAAGUUCAACACCUUCCUCAAGCAGGACAACGUCGACCUCGGCAUCAACUUCAGCAUAUACGUCCUGCAGGCGGGCGCGUGGCCCCUGGGCCAGGCGGUGGUCACGCCGUUCGCCCUGCCCCAGCAGCUGGAGAAGAGCGUCCAGAUGUUCGAGAAGUUCUACCACAACCGGUUCAACGGGCGCAAGCUGACGUGGCUCCACCACCUGUGCCAGGCUGAGCUGAAGCUGGGUUACCUGAAGAAGCCGUACGUCAUGACGGUGCAGACCUUCCAGAUGGCCAUCCUGCUGCUGUUCGAGAACAGCAACGCGCUGACCAGCAAGGAGAUCAGGGAGACGCUCCAGCUGAAUCCGGAGCAGUUCCAGCGGCACGCCGUCAGCCUCAUCGACUCCAAGCUGCUGCUCGCCGACAGUGAGGAACUGACGCCGGAGACGACGCUGAGGCUGAACACGGACUACUCGAACAAGCGCACCAAGUUCAGGAUCACGGCGGCCGUGCAGAAGGAGACACCCCACGAGGUGGAGCAGACGAUGAACUCGGUGGAGGAGGACAGGAAGAUGUACCUGCAGGCCGCCAUAGUGAGGAUAAUGAAGUCGCGGAAGGUACUCAAGCACAACCUGCUAAUACAGGAGGUGUACGCCCAGUCGAAGGUGUCGUUCGCGCCUAGUGUACAGUUAAUAAAGAAAUGCAUCGAAUCGUUGAUCGACAAACAGUACAUAGAAAGAACUCCUCAUUCUAGUGAAGAGUAUAGUUAUGUAGCUUAAUGCCGUUCGAUACUAACUCGGAACGAGUCAACGACUGAUUGCUCGUUCGGUCGUUCUGGCUGGAGUACAGAACGAGAGACGUCUGAAGGAACUUAACACCAUUUUAAGGUCGUUUUGAGGAAAUUAAUUUUGUGUUCGAUACCCCUGGGAGUUUUUAACGUGACGUUCUCUUUAUUUUUAGUAAACUGCAGCCCCAACGACGACUUUUGUAUAGGAAAUUUUAACGGUGAUGCAAAAUGAGUUUGACCUGUUUAUUUUUUGAUCAACUUUUUUUUUGUGAUUAAUUAUUUAUUAUUUAUGAUAUCGUGUACAUUAUAAUAAAUAGAGUUUUUCUAUUU